UCGUGCGCUGAAAUUCACCAGACGUAUCCUUCAGCAUCAAGCGGUUACUACUGGAUAUAUAUUGGCCAAGUCAAGGUUCAGGUGUAUUGUGACAUGAAAACUUUUGGUACGCAGUUACUGACAGUAACUUUUCAGGAUUAUAUAAAUUAUUAAGAUAAAAAAAGGAAAAUAAUUUUAAGUGAACGUUAUGUAACUUUAUACUGACUUCAAACUGAGCUUCCCAUUUAAAAAAUACUCACUUAAAGUUCUGCUUCUUUUACAUUUUUACAGAAUUUUUCCUUGGAGUAUGCAAAAUUUUUUUUCACGUCUUCAAAUCCUAUAAUAAAUCGUACACGAGAAGGAGUUUCAAUAAGAUAUGCAAAAACCGGAAAAGUGAGAGGAAGAAAUACUGACAUCUUUUCAUUAUUUUUUCUUUUCUUCUGCAACCUACUUUUCAGUGUUUGCAGACUAUGGUACACGUGUAUAUGUGUUACAUAAUAUACCUAGAAUUAACUUUAUUCCAGGAAAUUUUUUUUGAUCAGUGAUUACCAUAAGUUCUGCUUUAUGUCUAAGAAAUCCUUUUGCUUGUGUCAGAAGAGAUUAAUAUCCUUUUCGUCAAUUUUAAGAAUCAAAAAGAGAAAAGAGGUAUUAAUUCAGUUUUUAACUAGUUUAAAUAACUUAAGAGGAGUGGUCCUUUUUCAACAAUAUAAGGCUAUUUUACAUUCUAGUGAAGACCAAAGCCCCGCAUCAGUCCAUCCGCUAUCCAGCGCAGCCUGCACUGGCAUUUCCACCUCGGCAGAUGUGCAUGUCACUUUAAUGGUCCACGAGGGGCCACACAACUUUUCAGGAUUAAGAAGGGGGCUCUCCUUGCAGAAAUUUUAUGUUCUCAUAAUGACUAAUCCCUUGGGGAUAAAAUACGAGCCACGGUCACAAUGCUGCUGCUUACUCAUCACAGGGAAGAUACCAGUAAAGAAAGAUUUAGAGCUCCAAAUAAUUUUCCGCAUUUUUAUAUACAAUGCAGGUGGUGGAUGGACAUUAGUGGUCAGCAUAAGCUCUACAAACAAUCAACACCUUCAAAGAGCUGUCGUAAACUGCUUCGAUUUGGAACUGUGCGUACCUUUCGACAAACAAAGCAUGACGACUCGAAAACUAAGCGAUGAGCAUAUACACCACUUGGCAAACUGCGAAGGUACUACUCAAGAUGCCCAACUUUGUUCACUUUGUGUCCUCAGUUACUACUGAUUUAAAAGCAUUCUGUUCUUGUCAUAAAAUUUAAAUAGCCGCACACUAUAGGAAACUAGGUAAAAUAUAACGCUGACCGCGAACAUGAUUAAUUCGAAAAAAUAUAAAACUGACAGUUCUAGUGAGGCCUUAAACUGCCCUAUCUCUAACGCCGGAUAGUGUUUAUGAGGAAAUGCAGUGUCCCAUGGCCAGCUCACUUGUAACAGCUGCUAUCACCAAUACAUUGGUAGCACGAGACGCUUCAUCCACGACCGUGUAAAAGAACAUCUCAAUAAUGAAUACUCCUCUGUGAAAAAACAUAUGUAUUCCUGCCAGAACAAAAACUAUAGAGACAUUGAGGUCAAGAUUAUUAUGAGCGAAAACGACACCGCUAAUCUACGCCUUUAUGAAGCCUUUUUUAUUAGAAAGUGCAAGCCUACAUUCAAUUCCCGGGAGGAAUGUAGUGAAUUCGCAGACCUUCUGUUUUAGUAUUUCAGAGACUAUUAUUAAGUACUUUUAGAAGGCCUUUGUCUAGAGACAUUAGAUCAUUAGAGCGUUGUAUUCCAUUAACAGUUUAUUUCUAUAACUUUCAUACAUACGUCCCAUCUUCUACACAUUUCACCCUACACCUCCUUUGCAUUCAUGUAGCACGCACGGAAUAUUUUCUCAUCCCUGAUGAAGCGGUUGAAUGGCGAGAGCUUGGAUUUUGGAUUUUACUUUUUUAAACAGCAGUUUAAGGCCUCACUAGAACAGUUUUAUAUUUUUUAAUUAUGCUGCUGAAGGACAACAUGAACAGAUUAUGAUUAAUUCUCCCGUUCACUUUUGUGAACACAUGUUGCUGCAAAAAUUUGUUGUCGUUACUUCGUACACAGGAACAUUUAGAUUGGAUGUUUUUCAAGGGAACUAUUCCGUCUUUUACCAGGUAAAUGUUUUCUUUUCUCUUCUGCUAAAAAAUAACACAAUAGACGUCACGAUGAUUCAAAUUUAUGAAAUUAUAGGAUUCGUAAUCGUGUUUAGAAAGAACAAGAUGAAAAAAGCCCCCUUACAAAAAAUCAGCUUGUCAGUGCAAGUUGGUGGGUAGAUAUAAGCACCAGUUUGUUCUGAUGACUCCAUACGAAUCCUUCUCCUUGGCUUAUGAUCCAGGCCUAUUUUAGGGUCUGUUUACAUGGAGGUGGGGAACCCCAGGUAAGUGAGGUAACCCUCUUUUCCAUAUAAUUUCUUAUAUGGUCACCCCACCUAUCAUAUAAAGGUGAUCAAAUUAAAAUGAGAGAAUUAUAUGGACAGGCGGGUUACCCUCCAUCUGAGCGGGUUACCUCACCUAACUGGGAUCUUCCACCUCCAUCUUAUAAGCAGGCCCUUAUUAUGGAGUGAUUGGAGCAUAAAGUUGCUUUUAUCUCCUCACCAAUUUGCACCAUCAGGCUGAUUUUUAGCAAGUGAACACUUUUCAUCUGAAAAAAAAAAAACCAAGAACGCUCUAACAAGGGUAAGUUUCGCUUGCUUGGAGAUACGAUAAGAAAUAAGACGCUCUCAGUAAAAGUGUUGACUCGAACUCGCUUGGAGAUAAGAUAAGAAAUAAGGAGGCAAUUAAUUAAUUCUUAGUGAGUCUGUGUCCGGGCGUGGAAGCCAUAGGAACCAUGUGGGGAAGGAGAACAAAAAAAGCUAGCUAGCCAGCCUGUAGACAGUAACCAUUGACUGCCUUUGGUACAUACAAUAGUCAGAAACCUCUCCUGCCUUCCAUCUUACUGACUGGAAAACUAUUUUGAUCUUCUCGGCUGGGUUCUUCUUCAUUUCCUGAUAUUUCCAAGGCUUUGAAAUAGAAUUGUGUAUCUAUAAGAAUUUUACUCUUUCUAACACCUAUACUAUCUUUCUUUUUUUAAAUUCGGUGCCUCUCAAUUUUAUAUCUUCUAUAAAGUGAAUUCUCUUCUAACUCCUCCUUUUUAUAAAAUUCAGGGUUUCAUUUUCAGUUGCCUUGAGUAGCGGCAUAACCUUCCUUGCCCCUACAGUAUGCUAUCCUUCUCCACGCUGACGUUAGGGAGAAUAGACUGCGUGACCAGCUAAAGGAAUGUUUGUGUGUAAGGCAAGGAGCUGGGGCUACUGCUUUAUGCUAGUCCGCUAUCCGUUUCUCUCAGUUUUACCUUUCUAAAGCUGUUUUUAUAUACACAGUCCGUAGUCCGCGUUUUAUACCUAGUCCGUGUUUAUACUCAGUCCGUAGUUUCUAUAUAGUCCACAUUUUAUAGUUAGUCCGUGUUGUAUACCCAGUUCAGUCCGUGGUCCCAAGUUCGCAGUCCGCGUUUUAUACUAACCGCAAAGCUACCCGUAACGGAUCCGUGACACAAACGUAAGGUUAAGGUUAAGUAAUUGAAAUCUCAAGUACUUACAAAGUGCAAUGCGACCCUGAUAACAUCUUAACAACUGCGAAAAUCUAUGACAUUAACUAUGAUCUAUUAAAUCUGCCAUAAAACAUUCCUCAAUUCACGGGAAUUUAAAUUCACUUGCCUUCUAACUCUUCGCCUUGCAACAACGUGGCUUCCUACACGAAACAGGAUUUCCUUGCUAUAAGUUUUUUAUGCCCUUUUUUUAUCGACGGUCGAGUAAUCUUUUUAAAUCGUUUUCACUGUUUUCGGCGAAACGAGAUCAACAAAGCGUGUCAUUUCAAUCAUCGCCGAAAAUAAACCGCAUGAUCAUCACGAGACAAAAUUCCAUGAAAUGAAAAUUUACAUAGCCUCACCAUCGAAAUUGUUUUCUUCUUUUUUCCAGGGACUGAUCGAGCAUUCACUUGUUUCAAAAUAAUAGAAUUCGGAGUCCAACCCGUUCGGUAAAGCUCUACAUCUUUCGCAUCAAUCUUCCCUGCAUGGCUAUACUUAUCCUCUGUUUCCAUGGUGUCCGCUACAGACGCCUGGGAUUAUGACCCUCCUUUUGGGGCUCCCACAGACGGAAAAAAAAAGAAAAUUAAAAAAAAAAAACACUUGAAUUUUUUUAGUUUCGCCGCUAAAGUAGGCGAGACUGGAAACUGCAUCUAUAUAUUUACAACUAACUAUUAAACAUAGGAAUUCUUGAGAAGAAGAAGACAAGUGAAAAUAUAUAUAAUUAUAACACGGUACUAUAACCUCAAGUAAUACCUAGAUACCCAUUUAACGAGUGCAUUAUAGACUAAAUAUCCUCCUCACUUUGCUACCUUUGAAAAUGGAGACGACACCGACGUCACCUAUAGAUGUUUAUGUGCCAACCAGAACCGCAUUGGUUCUUGAAAGAAACUCUUUACAAAUUUGAAUAACAUAAACAAUGUUUGUAACCAGUAAGCGUCUCUUAAAUUUCCUAGAUUCCUCAGGGAGCAGAGAAUUUUAAUUCCGCUUGUCGCGGUGAAACCGAUCAAGAGUAAGCUUUUCUCAUUUCAUAACCAUUGAUUAUAGUUUCAUAAUUUUUUUUAACUUAUGAUGAUUGAUUGACUUAACGUGUUAGGGUAGAUAAAUGACAUACUGCUUGCCAUGAACACACAACAAGUCACAUACCUGUUGCUAAUUAAGUACAGCCUAAUAUUUUAAUUGUUUUAUUAAAGAUACAAGUAAAAAUACAUACCGUUAUUUAAAAACUAUAAGGUCUAAAAAUCUAAAAGAUACUUAAAGUACAAUAUACCAGAAGCACAAUGUUUCAUCAACUGAAGAUUUGACAAGGCAUUUUAUUACUAUAUAUUUUCGUAAUACACGACGGUGUAGCACUGUAUAAAACUUACUUUGAAACGUUCCGAAUCAAUACAGGGUAACCGGCUCGUUUGGGUUAUCAGACGUUUCUGAGAUACUUUGGCUCUUGAUAUAGGAUAAUGCCUGAGCUCCCAAGCCUUCUUAAAGAUAAUGGCCGAGCGCUUAGCGAGAGCUGAUCCCUUUUACGAGGGGCGCAUCCUUAAUUUAAUUUAUGUGUUCAAGAAUAGAUAAGCAGAUUUAUUAUAUACAUACUGAGAAAUACUCACCAAAAAGCUAUGUCGUAAAUUUUCGUACGCAAAUUAGUUCUAGCAAAUCAGAGGAGCGAACGGUUGUUUUCACACGUGAAAAAAAUGAUGCGUCCAAUCAGAAUCGCGAAUGAUGUUUUUUCACGUGUGAGAAAAAUGAUACGUCCAAUCAAAAGCCACAGAGGUGUGUGAGUUUCGCGCCAAAAUUCCCGCCUUUUAUUGCAGCUUGCAGCGCCGCUUCGCACACAUUCAACGAGAAAAGUUUUACUCAAAAGUUUUCUCGCUAAAAAAGUGAAAAACAUUUCGGAAAUGGAGUGGAAUAGUUUCGUUUGUUUCACUGUUGAUAAAGAAAACGGUAGAGAGCCGGCGAAACAACAGCGGAAAGGGAAAAACAGAACGAGACGUAAGUUUUUGUUGUGCUUUUUGUCGGAGCUACGUUGCCUUUCAUUUAAGCUUAAGCUUAUAUUGAAGCUUAAGCUUAUAUUGAAACCGGCCAUUUUACUUAAAUUCACUCAUUUUCAAUUGUGCAUUGAGAACAAACAGUUAAGAUUACUUAUAGUUCCUGGAUUACCUCAUAUCCUUACCUUCAUUUAUGUUUUUAACAAACGUUUUUACUAAAAAGCUGAACUUCGUUUUCGUUGUUAUUUUGCGGUAAGUGUGUAGCGGGAAAUUUUAGCAUUUUUGAAAGAUUUAAUAUAAAAAGGCCACCAAAAUGAUGAAUGUCUCAGUAUGUAUAAAAUAAACUCAAUGCCACAUGAAAAGUGCUUUGUACGGUAUUUACGCACUCGUUGUUUUUGUAUCAGAAAUCUUACUCGUUCGCUGCGCUCACUCGUUCGAUUUCUGAUACGUCAACAACUCGUGCGUAAAUACCGUACGCCAGCACUUUCCAUGAAGUAUUCUCUAUGACUGCAAUAUAAAUAUUAUUACGAAAAUUAUUUCAUUAUAAAUAAUUGAUAUAACCAGCCAGCCCUUAGAAGCCAUCCUCUUUCCUCAGACCGAAUAUUCUUUUAUUUGUUUAGUUUGUACCCUAGAUGUCCCCGCAUAAUCAUCUCAAAUCAUUAUCCUUACAAAUGGGAGACAAAUACCUGCACUAGCCUUGAUGUGGGAUAUCACAUU